GAUUUGAAAGCAUUAUUGUAGCUUCCAUGAGGGGAACUCGUGGUCAAAAAAAUAAAAUUUAGUGAAUGAUAAAGAUAUUGGGAUUAGGUUGGCAUUACACAGAAAAUCAUGUACUAACAUAUUAUAGCAAGAUUUGGUCAUUAUUUAAAUUUAAAAAUUAUUAUCAACUAUGACUAUAUAACUCUACAUCUCAGAUUUUGAGUUAAACUCUCAUAAUCCCAUAUUCAUUAGUUUCCAAUACCCAAGUUCAAUGGAGAAAUUAGAUCAUAAACAGUCUUCUGUUACACCUCAUGUGCUCAUUUUUCCACUUCCAGCACUAGGCCAUCUAACUCCAAUGUUACAACUAGCUGAACUUCUAUGCAUCGCCAACUUUAAGGUGACCUUUCUAAACACAACCCACAACCACCAACGCCUCACCCAACACACUGACAUCGAAGCCCGUUUCGAGCAGUAUUCGGGCUUCGAGUUCAAGACGAUGCCUGAUGGGCUAUCUGAAGACAACCCUCGGACAGGUCAGGGCGAUGUCAAGGGGUUGAUGAUAUCAGCGAUUGAGAGUUUAUCAACAAGUGCAGAACCCCUCUUAAGAGAGAUUUUGCUUGGAUCAAGUGAAACAGCUAAAAUAACAUGUUUGAUAGUAGAUGGGUGGAUGAGUUUUGCUAGUGAUGUAGCAAAUGAAGCUGAGGUACCAGUGAUAAUAUUCAGGUGUUCUAGUGCAUCUUGCAAUUGGUCUUAUUACUGUAUUCCAAAACUUAUUGAAGCAGGAGAUUUACCCAUCAAAGAUGAAAAAAUGGACGAGCUAGUAGAUAAUGCACCUGGGAUGAGUAGCUUCCUUCGAUAUCGUGACCUUCCCACCUUCUGCCGAAACCAGAACACUUCUUCGUGCCAGGACCUUCAGGACUGGUUUAAUGGCGAGAUACAACAAAACAAGCAAGCACACUCGUUCAUUCUCAACACAUUUGAGGAUCUGGAAGGUCACACACUUUCCCUCAUUCGCUCGCAAUGCUCGAGAGUUUACUCCAUAGGACCAAUUCAUGCUCAUCUCAAAUACAAACUCGGCCAACAAAAAACAACAUUGUCCAACAAUUUCUCUAGUAACUUGUGGGAAGUUGAUCGAAGUUGCAUAUCAUGGUUAGACCGAAAACCAAACAAAUCUGUUGUCUAUGUAAGUUUUGGUAGCUUAACUGUCCUCACAAAGGACCAACUAAGGGAGUUUUGGGCAGGAUUAGUGCAGAGUAACAAGUACUUCCUAUGGGUUAUAAGGCCUAAUCUUAUUAUAGGAAGUGAACUUGACAAUCAAACCCCAGAUGACCUCUUGGAGGGGACCAAGAAGAGAGGAUGCUUAGUGAAAUGGGCACCACAGAAAGAGGUCUUAGCCCAUCGCGCCAUCGGUGGGUUCUUGACUCAUAGUGGAUGGAACUCGACACUCGAGAGCAUAGUAGCCGGGGUGCCAAUGCUUUGUUGGCCUUACUUUUCUGAUCAGCAAGUGAACAGCAGGUUUGUUAGUGAAGUAUGGAGAAUUGGGUUGGAUAUGAAAGAUACAUGUGAUAGAACAAUAGUGGAGAAGAUGAUCAAUGAUCUAAUGGAUGGAAACAAAGAUGAACUCCAAAGAUCAAUGGAUAGAAUGUCAUAUCUAGCAAAGAAAAGUAUCUCAGAAGGCGGAUCCUCAUAUUCGAAUCUUAAUCAAUUAAUCGAGGACAUUAAAGCAAUGUCUAAGAAAGGGGAGCAUUAGAUUGCAAACAGAUGAUUAAGUAUAUCUUGGAUCUUGGACAACAUAAAUUUUCUCAAGAUAAAAUGAAAUAAGGGAAAUCAUAGGAGAGAUUUACAUUUUCAAAAUAACUACAAGUGUCAAACUCCAUCCUGAUAUAACUGUUUUUAUAGCAGGUAUUCGAUUGUGUUUUAUCGUAUAAUCUAAUUCAAUCCAAAUAAAUUUUCGUGACUCCAAA